AUGGAAACUAAUGCAUAUCAUCAAACAGCAAGCAAACAAACGUCUUCUUCAGACGAGGAAGAUCUUUUGUCGUUUCAUGACGCUGUUACUGUCAUUCAACCUCAAGUUCUCUCUUCUUCUGUCAAUGUUGAUACUUUCCGAGGAAAUAUAUCUUUUGCACAUAGCAAUGGCAAUGCUGUAGUAGGUGUCAACAGCGGAUCUAUCAACAAGGUCUCGCAAUCUUCUUACUCCACUCAAUCUUCAUCCUUUCUGAACGGUAAUCAAGGUGAUACCGGAACCUCUCUGUCUCUUUCAACCUACUGCAGGCCGGAAAUUAUCUUUGGAUCUCCUUCGGAGAAUCCAGAAAUUUCACUUCAUAAAACAUCGCCCAAUUCAAUUCAAGCUUCGGAUUCGGUUUCUCUACUUUCUGUCACUGAUCAAGGUCAAGGUCUCACUACACCAGUCACAACGUCAUCGGCGAGGAGACCAAGCUUUCUAGAGAAAUCUCCACGAUCCUCAAGUCCGGACCUGAUCCAAUUCACUCCUCCGGAGAGAAGUUUGUCAAGAAAGGAAAGUAAGAAAGCUAGGGAGUCUAUUCAAAUUCAUGCCUCAAAGCUGAAAUCUAUUGCACCCGCCUUCUCUGCAUUGAAUCCUUUUCCUUCUUCGAGAUUACCCCGCACGCCAGGAGACUUUAAGAGGAAUCCAGCAUCUCUUUCUAUUGAUAACCUUAUAAAUCCUGAGCCACAAAUACCCAUAUCAGCCAUCACAAACGCUCUCCAUUGCAAAAACUUUCAGGGGAUCCCUAGGAAAGACGUUGUUCAACCUACUGCUGGAGAUAAACUUUCCCUUACUAGGAUAGCCAGUAUGGAAUUGCCACAAGCUCCCCACGUUGCGGAUGUGGUCAUGUCGAUGACUGUUGACUUGAUUGCUUCACAAGAGUCUGCUUCAGCUGCUGACGGCCAGCCUCAAAGGUCGAAGAUGCUAAACCUACCAAUUCCUUCUCUACUCGCUGAGAAUGGUAAGGGGGUUUCUUCCGCUGCUGUAUUAACAAACUCUCUUGGUCCAGAUCUUUAUCGCGACAUUCCUCUACAACCCGGCUCGUCAUUUCCGGUGGAUUCUUCUGCUGUCGUGUCAGCUACUCGCAUUACCCAAGCCUCUAUGCCAUUUGCACUUGCCACAAGAACAACUGAUGACGUUUUUGCAGAACUCAAGCGGCCUUUACAUGCUCAAGCAAGCACCAACAUUCAGGCCUCCGACAAAUAUGACAAGUCGAACCAACAUGAAACGCUUGCUGCCGAGGAAGAGGAAGACGAAGACGAUGGAGAGGAUCUGAAUCAACCGGCUCCAGCUAUUAAACGAAUCUCAGCACGAAAGCAAAAAAAUGCUGCCAUAUUUGACACAUUUCUCAAAGAAGUUGCCAAACAACCUAAGACAGAAAAAAUUUCACAUGCGGAUGAUGAAGCAGUUCAGUCUACCAGGUGGUUAAUUGAGCAGGCGGAAAAACAACAUAUCAUAGAGAGUCCUAGAGAUUAUCAACUUGAAUUGUUUGAGAAGGCCAAGAAACAGAAUCUCAUAGCUGUUUUGGACACUGGCUCUGGCAAAACAUUUAUCGCCGUUCUCCUACUUCGUUAUAUCAUUGACCAAGAGCUUGAGGACAGAGCUAUUGGCAAAUCUAAACGUGUCUCAUUCUUCCUGAAAGAUCAUCCUUAUGCCAGGAUUAUCAAGGAUUUCUAUCGCAGUGAUACAGAUGAACCAAUUUCUCUGCCUAAAAUAUUCGGGAUGACGGCAUCACCUGUUGAUGCUAGGGAUAAUAUCAAAAAAGCUGCAGAAGAGCUUGAGGGUCUUUUACACAGUCAGAUUUGCACUGCGGUAGAUCCUAGCUUGAUGCAGUACUCGAUCAAAGGCAAGCCGGAGACCAUUGCUUUCUAUGAUUGCUUGGGCCCGAGAUUUCACACUCCUCUUUAUCUCAAGAUGCUCCCACUCCUAGAGGAGAACCCUAUUUUUCAGAAGCCGUUUAUAUUUGGGAAGGAAGCCAGUCGAACUCUAGGGUCCUGGUGUGCUGACCAAAUCUGGACUUUCUGUCUUCAAGAGGAAGAGUCUAAGAAACUUCAAGCAAAGACAGAGCAGGCGCACCACAGCAAAAAAGUACCGGAGCCAUUGGAGGUCCUGGAGGAACGCAAGGAACAACUUCAAGAGGCUAAAUCCAUUGUGAAAGAUCAUAUUUUUGAGCCACCUCACUUUGCGUCAAAAUUAUCAGAUGACUUUGCAACGAAGGUUCAUUAUUCGACUAAUUUGUCUACAAAGGUGGUUGCUCUGUUGAGUAUUCUCAAAGAUAGAUUUCAACGACCAACUAAUGACAAAUGUAUUGUAUUUGUCAGAGAGAGGUACACUGCACGGCUUCUAGCGUCACUCCUCUCCACACCUGAAGCCGGAACACCGUUUUUGAAGGUCGCACCGCUGGUUGGUACCACGUCUACUUCAGCCGGAGAAAUGCAUAUCACAUUUAGAUCCCAAACCCUUACCAUGCACGAUUUUCGCAAUGGUAAAAUAAAUUGUCUCAUCGCAACAUCCGUUGCAGAAGAAGGCCUUGAUAUUCCUGAUUGUAAUCUCGUCGUUAGAUUUGAUCUGUACAGUACAGUAAUCCAGUACAUUCAAUCCAGAGGCCGUGCUAGACAUGUAAACUCGAGAUAUUACCACAUGGUGGAGAGCCAUAACGAAGAACAGAGGCGAACGAUCAAGGAAGUUUUGAAGCAUGAGAAAUUGCUGAAGCAUUUUGCUUCUGCUCUACCCGAGGAUCGAAAGUUGACUGGCAACAAUUUUAAUAUGGACUAUUUUCUUAGAAAAGAGCGAACUCACCGAGUCUAUACCGUCCCUGGUAGCAAUGCGAAACUCACCUAUAGAAUGAGCUUAACGGUCUUAUCUGCCUUCGUUGAUUCCCUUCCUCAAGCCCAAGAUUCAGCCCUUCGUGUGGAUUAUGUCGUCACAACUGUCAAUAAGCAGUUUAUAUGUGAAGUCAUUUUACCGGAAGAAGCACCUAUACGUGGAGCAAUUGGUCGGCCAGCAACAACCAAACAGGUAGCCAAAUGUUCUGCAGCUUUCGAAACAUGUGUAAUUUUGCAUCAGAAGGGCUACAUUGAUCAAUUCCUGCUCUCCACAUUCAAGAAGUCGGCCCAUAUGAUGAGAAAUGCCCUUUUAGCCGUGGAUGGAAAGAAACGAGAAGCUUAUGAGAUGAGCACGAAACCAACUUUGUGGUUAUCCAAAGGAGAGCAAGGCAUCUUUUAUAUGACUAUAUUGUCUCUCAUAUCUCCGGAAAGUCUCGACAGAGCAUCACAACCCUUGGGUCUACUUACAAGAUCUCCUUUGCCUGUUUUGCCACAAUUCCUUCUUCAUUUCGGAGGCGGUCGAAACUCGCCGGUUUCAUGCGUGCCUCUCACUUCUUCAGUGAAGCUCGAAGGAACCACGCUUGACCAAGUUAAUAUGUUCACCCUAUGUCUAUUUCAGGAUGUGUUCAGCAAAGCUUACAAAUCGAAUCCUGAUAGUAUGCCGUACUUUUUGGUUCCUAUCAAUUGUCCAAAUCACACUGGGGACUGGAAAGAUUAUGAGCCCAUGUCAAUAAUUGAUUGGGAAACUGUUCAAUAUGUCCAAGAUUUCGAGAACAAGCAGGCCGGUAAACCAUGGGAGCAUAAGCCAUGGUUAGGAAAGCCAGAUGAGUAUUUCAAAAACAAGUUCAUAACUGAUCCUUUCGAUGGAUCUCGAAAACUGUGGUCGGUAGGAAUCACAAAAGACUACAAACCUUUGGAUCCAGUUCCACCAAAUACAGCACCUAGAAAGGGAGCUAGGAAGAACAACAGUAACAUUAUGGAGUAUAGUUGUAGUCUUUGGGCAAAAGCUAGAACAAGACGAACCUUCGAUGAAGAGCAACCUGUUGUUGAAGCAACAUACAUUUCGCUCCGGAGAAACUUGCUUGAUGAGUUUGAUACAGGAGAAGUUGAAACUCCAAAGAAAUGCUUCGUAAUUUUGGAACCAUUGAAGGUUUCACCUCUCUCAACCACUGUAGUUGCAAUGGCCUAUCUUCUGCCUGCCAUCAUUCAUCGAGUUGAGUCAUAUCUCAUUGCCCUCGAAGCUACUGAUUUAUUGCAUCUUGAUAUUCGCCCUGACCUUGCAUUGGAAGCCGUUACUAAAGAUUCUGACAAUUCUGAAGAGCAUGGUGAAGAGCAAACAAAUUUCCAACGAGGAAUGGGUAACAAUUAUGAACGCCUCGAAUUUCUUGGGGAUUGUUUCCUGAAGAUGGGAACAUCAAUAUCUCUAUACGGUUUAAACCCUGAUAGUGACGAAUUUCGUUAUCAUGUUGAUCGUAUGUGCCUGAUAUGCAACAAGAAUUUGUUCAACACGGCUUUAAAGCUGGAGCUUUACAGGUUCAUUCGAUCAGCAGCCUUCAAUCGACGUGCUUGGUAUCCCGAAGGCCCUGAGUUAUUAAGAGGUAAAACGGCUACUGCACCAAACACUCACAAGCUUGGUGACAAGUCAAUUGCAGAUGUUUGUGAAGCGAUGAUUGGCGCCGCCUUACUCAGUCAUCAUGAAAGCAAAUCCAUGGAUAAUGCAGUUCGUGCAGUUACCGAAGUUGUCAAUAGUGACAAUCACAAAGCUAUAGUAUGGUCUGACUAUUACAAGCUCUAUCAGAAGCCAAAAUACCAAACUGCUGUAGCUACAGCUGCACAAAUAGAUCUGGCGAGACAAGUUGAGACGAAACAUCCGUAUCACUUCAAAUACCCACGGCUUUUAAGAUCAGCAUCCACCCAUCCAGCAUAUCCGUUUUCUUACGAACAAAUUCCCAGCUAUCAACGACUCGAAUUCUUGGGCGAUGCCUUACUCGACAUGGUUCAAAAAAUGGUUGCAGAGUAUGCUUGUGAUAUCAAUGAAGCCCUUAUCCAAGCCAAAGCAGAUGCCAAGAGAGCGGGUAAAUCAGAAGAUGAUUACGCUCCUGAUUAUUGGAUCACCGUUCGUCAACCUCCUAAAUGUCUUCCGGAUAUGGUUGAAGCAUUCAUUGGUGCCAUUUUCGUUGAUUCUGAGUACAAAUUUGAGGAAGUAGAGAAGUUCUUUGAAAUGCACAUCAGAUGGUACUUUAAGGACAUGAGUAUCUACGAUACUUACGCCAACAAGCAUCCAACCACAUUCCUCACCAAUUUCUUGCAAAAGAAUAUGGGUUGUGAAGAUUGGGCACCUGUUAGUCGUGAAAUGCCUGGAGAGGAUGGUAGAAAGAAUGUUGUGGUUUGUGGUGUCAUUGUGCACAACAAGGUGGUAUCAACUUUCCAAGCUGAAAGCAUGCGAUAUGCGAAGGUGGGUGCAGCUAAGAAAGCUUUGGCACAAUUGGAGGGUAUGAGCGUUCGAGAAUUCAGAGAACAAUUCGAAUGUUCAUGUAAAGGGGAUGUUGCUGAUGCAGAGGGCAAUGUCGAAUUUGUUGAGCGUGAGGAUGGAAUCUCAGGGAUGGAUAUGGGAAUGGGACCGGGUUAUAGAGAACAGGUUUUUGAUGAUAUUUUGAAGGAAGUUGGGGAUGAUAUGAAUGGAGAAGAUAAGGAGAAUGGAAUUGUGGAGGAUUUGACGGAAGGAAAAUUACUGGAGUUAUAG